UGGGCUGGUGGGGACAGGGGCUGGGCCCUGGUCUCUGUCCAGGGGGUCUGGCCUUUCUGCCACUUCUGGGUGUUACCCCACUAUCAUCCUACAAUAAAAGAAAGGGCUUGGUGAGAUACCCUGAAAUCUGCCCCCUCUGACCUGGGGCUAGGGCCUGGCUGGAUAGGAGCCCAGGCCCCAGGCUGGCCAGGAGCCGCCUCUCACAUUGACUUUGCCGACAUCUUGCAGCCUGUGGUAUCGGGGUCUGUGGCACCAUGGCCCAGGCCUUGGGGGAGGACCUGGUGCAGUCUUGUGAGCUGCAGGAUGACUCCAGCUCUUUGGGAUCUGACUCAGAGCUGAGUGGGCCUGGCCCAUAUCGCCAGGCUGACCGCUAUGGCUUCAUUGGGGGCAGCUCAGCAGAACCAGGGCCAGGUCACCCUCCUGCAGACCUUAUCCGCCAGCGAGAGAUGAAGUGGGUGGAGAUGACCUCACACUGGGAGAAAACCAUGUCUCGGCGGUACAAAAAGGUAAAGAUGCAGUGCCGGAAAGGCAUCCCCUCGGCCCUGCGGGCUCGGUGCUGGCCCCUGUUGUGCGGGGCCCACGUGUGUCAGAAGAACAACCCUGGCACUUAUCAGGAACUUGCUGAGGCCCCUGGAGACCCACAGUGGAUGGAAACCAUUGGCAGGGACCUGCAUCGCCAAUUCCCUCUGCAUGAGAUGUUUGUGUCACCCCAGGGUCACGGGCAGCAGGGGCUCCUGCAGGUACUCAAAGCCUACACCCUGUACCGGCCCGAACAGGGCUACUGCCAGGCCCAGGGCCCCGUGGCUGCCGUGCUGCUCAUGCAUCUGCCCCCAGAGGAGGCUGUGCGGCUGGACGCCGAGGUGUUCAUGGCCCUGCUGCGGCGGCUGCUCCCACGCGUGCACAAGCACCUGCAGCAGGUGGGCGUCGGGCCCCUGCUCUACCUGCCCGAGUGGUUCCUGUGCCUCUUCGCCCGCUCCCUGCCCUUCCCCACGGUGCUGCGUGUCUGGGACGCUUUCCUUAGCGAGGGUGUGAAGGUGCUGUUCCGGGUGGGGCUGACGCUGGUGCGCCUGGCGCUGGGCACUACUGAACAGCGCCUGGCCUGCUCAGGACUCCUGGAGACACUUGGCGCCCUUCGAGCCAUACCGCCCACCCAGCUACAGGAGGAGGUCUUCAUGCCCCAGGUGCACAGCGUGGCCCUGUCCGAACAUGACCUGCAACGGGAGAUCAAGGCCCAGCUAGCCCAGCUGCCUGCGACGGCAUCUGGGCCACCCCCGAGGCCGCAGGCCCGCCUGCCUGGGGCCCAAGCCAUCUUUGAGGCCCAGCAGCUGGCAGUAACUCGGGGAGGCACUAGGCCCGAGGUGCCCCGCAUCGUGGUGCAGCCCCCGGAAGAGCCCAGGCCGCCUCGGCGCAAGCCCCAGACCCGAGGAAAGACUUUCCACGGGCUGCUGACUCGGCCCAGGGGCCCCCCUAUUGAGAGCCCCUCAAGGUCCCAUCGAGGCUCGACCUCCUUCCUGGACACCCGAUUCUGAAGGUACCACGGACUCAGUGUCCCCCAACCCAAUUGCCAAAAUGGAUGAUGCCAGCCCUGAAGUGGGCACCGCACUUUACAGCUGGGAUUUGAUGCCUCAGCUCCCUUCUCAGGGACUCUGUCAGGCACGAGGAUGAAGGAAGGUCACAGAGUGAGGUUUCAGGGACCCUGGCCCACCGUCUGCCCACAGAGCUGUCCAGAUGCCUGAGCCUUUGCAAGCAAAAAGCUGGUGCUUGAAGGAGCGUGGGGGUAAGGGCGUGGGCUGGGCGAGGGGACCCUGAAAGGCCCCUGGGGAGGCCUGGAAUAAAGUCUGAGUGGAAGCCUG